ACUGUCAGGAAACCAAAGGCAAAACACAGGUUUUCCCACCGAAAGGCCCACGUUGCAACCGGGGUCCGCUUGGCAGAAAGGAGCCGGGGCAGCCCCAAGCCCGGGGCCCAGGCUCGGAUCUCGGUCCGCGGAGGGGCAGCGGGUGCCGCGGCCACCAGCGGGAGCGGUCCUUCUCUUCGCCGCGGGGAAGCUUCCGCCGGGCAGCGCUGGACUGCAAGUCCCAGGAGUGGCCUCCGCCUCCGCCGGGCCGGGCCUCCUGCAGCUUCGGGCCGGGCGUCUCCGGGUCCUCUAGGGGGGCGGGGGUGCCUCCCCGGGCGGCGGCGGGGGGGAGCCGGAGAGGGCGCGCAAGCGGGCGGCCUCCUUGCGGAUCGGCUCCGCGCCGUAGAUGCCGCCGCCCACCCCCAGCACGCAGAUCACGACCAGGCGCACCACCGGCUCCAGCCCGCGCAUGGCUGCCGCCCCCGCCGCUGUCGCGCACGCGCAGAGAAUCGGCGCAGGCGCGCCCGCCUUCCUUCCGCGCCUGCGCCCUUCCGCCGCCGCCCGUCGGUCGCGGUCGCCAUGGAGCCGGGCAGGGGGACGCCUGCCGGGAGGCCUCGGAAGCGGAAGUCGGAGCGGCGCGGGGGACCGGAGGGGCCGGAGCGGCGGGCGGCGGGCGGCCCCGCGGCCCCCCGGCGGCUCCUGGCGCUGAGCCUGGCGCUGCGGCUGGUCUGCUGCGUCUCGGUGCGGACCAGCUUCGUCCCGGACGAGUAUUGGCAGUCGCUGGAGGUGGCGCACCGGGCAGCCUUCGGAUACGGGAGCCUGACCUGGGAGUGGGCCGAGGGCCUGCGCAGCCCGCUGUACCCGCUGCUCUUCGCGGGCCUCUACAAGGUGCUGCAGCUGCUGGCGAAGGACGAGGCGCCGCUGCUGAUUUGGCUCCCUAGGGUUUUCCAGGCAGUUCUGGCAGCAUUUGCAGAUGUGAAGUUAUAUUCCUUAGCAAAGCGACUGGACAACAUUGAGACGGCCAAAUGGGUGUACUUUUGCCAGUUGUGCUCUUGGUUCACAUGGUACUGUUGUACCAGGACCCUGACCAACACCAUGGAAGCGGUUCUCACCACCUUUGCCCUUCGUUGCUAUCCCACGGAAGGCACCAAAAUGGAGAACAGCAGGUGCUAUCUGGCCCUGGUUGCAUUGGCGUGCGUCAUCCGCCCAACAGCUGCCAUUCUGUGGGCCCCGCUGCUGCUCUGGCACUUCGUAAAGGAGUCUGACAAGAGGCACCUCCUCUGGGGCACUUGCCUUCCAGUGGGACUAAUCGCUUUGGGAGGUUCGUUAGUAGUCGACAGGGUCUUUUUUGGCAAGUGGGUUGUGGUUCCACUCAACUUUCUGAAGUUUAAUGUCCUGCAUGAUUUGGCUGCCUUCUAUGGAUCCCACUCCUGGCACUGGUAUUUCACCCAGGGCUUGCCAGUGAUCCUGGGCCCUCACCUGCCUUUCUUCCUCCAUGGCUGCUUCCACGCUUCGAGGAAGCAUCGUGUGUUCUUGGUGGUCGUGCUUUGGACGGUGGCAGCCUACAGCGUACUUCGUCACAAAGAAUUCCGAUUUAUCUAUCCCAUCCUGCCCAUCUGCAUGCUCUUCUGUGGGCGUUCACUGGCUCAGCUGAAGAGGUGGAGAAGGGCCGCCGUCUCCUUUCUGUUGAGCUCCAACCUGCUCCUUGCCCUCUACACUGGGCUGGUCCAUCAGCGUGGCACUCUUGAUGUGAUGGCUUACCUCCGGGAGCUCUGCAGCCCUUUGGCCCAAAAGCAGGCAUCCGUUCUCCUGCUAAUGCCCUGUCAUUCAACUCCUUUCUACAGCCAUAUUCACUGUCCACUGCAACUGAGAUUUCUUCAGUGCCCUCCAGAUUUGAUGGGAAGAGCCAACUAUCUUGAUGAAGCUGAGUUAUUUUACUCCCACCCUCUCCAGUGGCUCAGCGGAGAGUUCCCUAAUGCCACUGCCACGCAGCUGCCCUCCCACCUGGUCUUCUUCAACGUUCUUGAGCAGGAAAUAUCACCGUUUCUGAUUUCAAACAGUUAUGUAAAAGCUGCCACAUUCUUUCACACCCAUAUGCCUCAAGGACGAGUUGGAAGCCACAUUUAUGUAUUCGAAAACUUAUUUUGGAGACGAUUGGCCAAACUGGUUUAAGAGAUGAGCAGGUGGUGCUGAUGCAGGGGAAACAACAAAGCAGCAGCCCUGACCUUAAGUAUGCUCAGACGUAGGCCCAAAACGCGGCUUAGGGGCUUUCGCUGCUGCUUUGCUUGCUCUGGGGAGGUGGAAGGUACCAGCACAUUUGCUCUGGCAAAGGCUGCCUUCUGUGACACAUCUGUGAAGACUUCAGAUCUGCUCAGAGUAUGUACAGCUAUGCAAACUUCUAUAAAUAAGACAUUUUGGAA